AUGGCCUGGGAACACCCCAUGAAAGACGGCAACGACAUGCCUCCGGUCUCCCAUCUCCCCGACGACGUCACGAACUACGUGUUGCUGCUGAGACGAGUUGAAGAAGUACCGUUCAAGGUCGAGUUAAGCGUGGCGGCCCUCGCUGGCCCGACCAACUACAGCCACGCAGCCUUUGGCAUCAUCUGCAGCAUCUGGGCCGCAUCAAAAUCAUGA